AUGUGGGAGUUUAGGUCUAUGAACUUCUGGCGGGCGGUGUUCGCGGAGUUCUUUGGCACCAUGUUCUUCGUCUUCUUUGGGAUGGGCGCCGCUCUGCGCUGGACCACGGGCCCUCACCACGUGCUCCACGUGGCCCUGUGCUUCGGGCUGGCGGCUGCCACCCUUAUCCAGUCCAUCGGCCACAUCAGCGGAGGGCACAUCAACCCUGCGGUUACCUUCGCCUACCUGGUGGGCUCUCAGAUGUCCCUGUUCAGGGCAGUCUUCUACAUAGCAGCCCAGUGCCUCGGGGCUGUGGCCGGAGCAGCUGUUCUGUACGGAGUGACUCCUGGAAACAUGAGGGGCAACAUGGCUAUGAACACACUGCAGCCGGGCAUCAGCCUGGGCAUGGGCACCACGGUGGAGGUCUUCCUCACCAUGCAGCUGGUUGUCUGUAUCUUCGCCGUCACUGAUGAGCGGAGGAACGGGCGCCUGGGCUCCGCUGCCCUCUCCAUCGGCUUCUCCGUCACCAUUGGACACCUCAUGGGGAUGUACUACACUGGAGCUGGAAUGAAUCCUGCCAGGUCUUUUGCUCCUGCCGUGCUCUUCAGAAACUUCAUCAACCACUGGGUGUACUGGGUGGGUCCCAUGAUCGGAGGUGCUAUGGGUGCUCUGCUGUAUGACUUCAUGCUGUUCCCCCGUAUGAGGGGUCUCUCUGAGCGCCUGGCCACACUGAAGGGCAGCCGCCCGCCUGAGAGCGAGAGCCAGCAGGACCCUCGUGGAGAGCCCAUCGAGCUCAAGACACAAGCCCUAUAA